CAGGGGAAGGAAAAUGAAAACGGCCAUGUCGUGAGACGGAUCACGGAGCGGGUUAAUGUGCUUCAGGGUUAUCUUUUGUAUUUGUGUUAUGUAGCUUUGGAAUUCCUCAUCGGAAAGUUGAGUAUAUUUGUUCUAGUUUGACUUAAAGUGCAUUCUUCAAAGGUUAGCGGCUUGUUUAAAUCAGAGGGCAAACAUGAGCGGAGGAGGGACGCCGUACAUUGGCAGCAAAAUUAGCCUAAUCUCAAAGGCCGAGAUCCGAUAUGAAGGAAUUUUGUACACCAUCGACACUGAAAACUCGACAGUAGCUCUCGCAAAAGUUCGCUCUUUUGGCACUGAAGAUCGCCCCACCGACAGGCCUAUUCCACCUCGGGAGGAAGUGUUUGAGUACAUCAUCUUCCGAGGCAGCGAUAUAAAAGACCUAACGGUUUGUGAGCCACCCAAAGCCACUAGUUCUCUGCCUCAGGAUCCUGCCAUAGUCCAGUCAUCAAUUGGAUCUGCAAAUGCCUCAGCAGCGUCUUCAUUUCAGUCUCAUGGGUCCUAUGCACCAUUCAGCAGGGCCCCUGUUCCACCAUCAUACAGCCAGUUUGGCGUUACACCCCUUGGACCCCAGCAGUUUGGGUCCAUUGGAGCUGGAGGACGCACAAGCCCUCCGCUGGACUCUUUGAUAAAAAGUUCCACAGGGGAACAGGCGGUGCAAGCCCCACCUGCAGCUGCCCCUGCCCCGCCUGCUCCUGUGGGGCAGAGGAGUCAGUCAGGAGUGACUGCUCAAAAACCCACCAGCACCUUCACGAGCAGCCAGAAACCCCCCGACCUUCUGGAGCAGAAGAAAGCUUCCGUGGUUCAGUCUUCACACCUAGAUCACGAUCAGGCUGGUGGUGAUAAUCGAGAUUCCAACAAGCGCCAAAUGGGUGGUCCACAGCCCAACCGCCGUGGGCGUGGACGAGGAAACCGUAGCAGAGGCAAAGUAAACGUGCGCAGAGAUGGAACCAUGAAGUUUGAGGAAGAUUUUGAUUUUGAGACUGCCAACGCCCAGUUUCAUAAGGAUGAGAUUGACAAGGAGCUUCAAACUAAGCUAAAACUAAAAGAUGACAAGCCUGAAAAGGCACUUAAUGGAGAGGAGGCUGCUGACCCAGAAAACCCCGCCAACGAGGGCGCCACCGAGGAGGAGGAAGCUGUGAACAACACAUGCUACUACGACAAAACCAAGUCCUUCUUUGAUAACCUGUCCUGUGAAGACGCAAGGGACCGCAGACCAACCUGGGCUGAGGAGAGACGGAUGAACGCGGAGACGUUCGGCAUCCCUCUCAGACACGGGCGGGGAAGAGGGGGUUUCCGUGGCCGCGGGUACAUGGGGCCCCGCGGAGGUCGAGGACGACCCUCCAGCCGGGGUUCCUUCGGGCCCCCCCGUGGGGCCCCCCCAGGUUUCAGGGGUGGAUUCAGGGGUGGCAGAGGAGGCCGGGAUUUUUCCGACUUUGAAUACAGGAAGGACAACAAGGUGGCUGCAUAGUACUACAGAGAUCAUCCGCAAAGAAUCGUAGCCACUCGUCAUGAAAUAUUUUCCAUUGUAGAACGUUCUUUGGUCUCAGAUUUUGACAGCAAGAAUGAAGACGCUGUUAGUCACCAGCACCUCGGUGGACUGUUUGACAUCAGAGAGUGACGGUCCCGCUCCCUCUUUCCACUUUAAUCGUCGUUGUUUUGGGCUCCCAAAGUUUUGAUAAACAAGAUUGCUUAUUAACACAAAGCUUUGAAACAUUUCUGUCCAGUUCCAUCAGUCAAGUCACUUCAGUUUAAUCUGGUUCGUCUGUGUGCGCUCUCGGAGUGGAUCGCAGCCAAAUGUGAUCAAUAGCUUUAUUUUAUUUUAUUUUUUUUCUUCCCCUGUGACAAUAGUUGACACCAAAAUUGACACCAUUGCCUGUUACGUGAAAUCCUUCUCUGCCCACUUUGGUUCAGUGUUUGGAGUAUUUUGACUCGGAUAGCAUUAGUUCUGUUUUCUGCAUCCAGAACCAGCUGAAAGGAUCUGAAACUCAAUGUUGUAAUGAAAGAAUGUAUAUCUAGUUCACCUUAUUACCACUGCCCACAUUGCUGUUUGUCGGUAUGACUUCUACUUUUCUGACAUGUGGACUACUCGAUGUGGAUAUUUAGAAUUGGUCAUUUCUUAAACCUCCUGCUUCAGAUUUAGUUCUUAGUUGAGCUUUGCUGGAUUGCUGGCAAUAGGAACCAGUUUUUGGUUAAGAUGUGGUUUUUACAGCAUCGGCUUUACAGUUCUGUGUUAACUGCUUGUUUUGUUUGGGACCAGGUAUGUUUACAUGGCAGUGAAAAGAGCAGAGGAUUCGCAAAAGAUGUCCGUUUCUUUGCGGGGAAGUCUUUUAAAACAACUCAGAAAUGUUCAGCUGUUCAGAAGAUAGUUUUCAUUCAUAUUUACAAGCUUUCAGUACUUUAAAUAUACCUUAAUAUCUGCGACGUCCCACACGCUGAUCAUGUUUUUUUUUUCUCCUAAUAUCCUUUUUAAUUGUCUUAAUGUUGCCCUUUUUUUUCUUUUUUUUUUUUUUGUCCACGCACUUGCAGCUUUUCAAGAGUUGUUGCUGAAAAUAGGGAGGAAAUUAUGUCUAAAGUACAUUAAUACACAAAAAAACACAUUUCUUUAAAACGAUAUCCCUCCAACAUGUUUGUAGCCCCUCUUGUUGCAUUGCUCUCAAUGCAAUUGUUCUCAGGAGGGACUUUUUUUUUUAUUUUCUUAUUGAUUUGUGAACAAAGGGACAAGAACUGGAUGUGUUGCCAGUAUUUUUGAGAGGGUUCAUCUUCAUUUUGGCUCCAAUUCUUGGUACUUUAGGGAGUGCCUUGGGUGUUAACUUUUGUUUAUUUUUUUUUCUCCACAGCUCUUCUUUUUUUUGCUCAACUGUUUCUUAUUGGCAUACCUAUUACAAGCACUAAAGUUUAAAAAAAGAAGAAAAAACAACCUCUUUCUGUAACUGGUUCAGUAGAAAAGUUGCUUUAAAGGAUUUCUCAUCGGCAGCUGAUGGCAUGAUUGCCCAGGUAAUCAUCCUUUUCAGCUGGCUUUUACAAUAAUCAUCUAGAUGGAAUUUGGAAAAGAAAACAUUACAGAACAAUUCAAAACUGACACUUUGCUCUUUUUGUUUGGUCAUGAUUGCUACUACUUCCAGUCACUGGAACUGUUUUGUUGAAUAGCAGCAAAAUUGAGUUUUUACAGGAAAAAAAAAUAAAGAGUUGUACAAUUUA